AAAUGACUUUAUUCUGUAUUGCCAAGUCACUACAGCAGACUACCACUACCGUCAUUACAAAAGUUUCCAGUAGAAAAAUAGCUAUUUAUCUUGAAACCAGUUAUUAUUAACUAAAAGAUGUCUUUGGUAAAAGAUAUAAAUGACGAAGCACACUUCCAAGCCGAGUUGGCAUUAGCUUCUACCAAACUAGUAGUUGCUGAUUUUACUGCCAAAUGGUGUGGACCUUGCCAAAUAAUCAAACCAAUAUUUCAACAGUUAUCCACUAAAUAUGCAAAUGCUGUUUUUCUCCAAAUUGAUGUGGACAAAUGCCAGGAAACGGCAUCAGCUCAAGGAGUAUCUGCAAUGCCCACUUUUAUAUUCUAUAGGAAUAAGACAAAAGUUGAUCGGGUACAAGGUGCUGAUGCUGCUUCAUUAGAAGCUAAAAUUCAACAGUAUUAUGGAAGCCCUGAAAGUGAAGAAGGUGAAUCCGUUAGUGGUUAUUUGGAUCUACAACCAUUUAUAACUAAAGCUGAAUGUGAAUGCUUGAACGAAAGUGAUGAUCAUACUUUAGAACAUUGUCUUACUUCUGGAAAUGGAUUUUUACAAUCUGACUGUGAUGAACAACUCAUUAUCUCAAUUGCAUUUAAUCAAGCAGUUAAAAUUCAUAGCAUCAAAGUGAAAGCCCCUGCUGGAAAGGGUCCUAAGAAUAUAAGACUGUUCAUAAAUCAACCAAGAACAUUGGAUUUCGACCAAAUUAAUAGUUUCAAUAGUGUUCAAGAUUUAGAAUUUAAACCUGAAGAAUUAGACGGCACACCUGUCAACUUAAGAUUUGUUAAAUUCCAAAAUGUGCAGAAUAUUCAAGUAUUUAUCAAAGAUAACCAAGAAGGAGGUGAAGUUACUCAAAUAGAUCAUCUGGUUUUUAUAGGAACACCAAUAACUACCACUAAUAUGGGUGAUUUCAAGAGAGUGGCUGGUAAAAAAGGAGAAUGUCAUUAAACCUUCCUAAUUUGCAGGUAGAUGAAAUGGCUGAUAAUGGAUUUAUUGAAUCCGAAGUGUUUUUUUUAUUUUUAAGUUUAUAUCUGUUAAUUCCUUCUAUUUCUGGCAAAUAACCAAUUAUCAAUGAGUACUAAUAAGUUAAUAAAUAUUUUGAACAAAUUA